UUAAAGACUAACAUGAUUUUAUUCCAAGAUAAACUUUUGUGGACUAGAGAGCCCGCUUCUUUGGGCUAAAGCUGGAAUUUAAAAAGUCUCUUAAGGCUAAACAUUUUAAACACUCUAAGAAAUAGUUGCGCACAAACUAGUAAGCUGCUCAUUAGUUCCCCCCUUUAAUGGGGCGCUGACGACUUCCGCCGAGCCCCUCCCCGCUCGUCUCCGCUGGUCAAAACUCUUCAUCAAACAGACAUACUAACACCAGGCGGCGCUAAAUAAAAAAAAUAAUGGGGCGUCAGGCUCCGUCGCAGCCCAGUUCUCUGGUAUCCCCCCGGAAGAUGGAAGUCAUUUCCGACCGACGUUAACGCGGGAAGAAGCCAGAACACCACGAUCGCCAUUUCCGGUCUUCAGUUGAAUCGGUCUUCCACUACGCGGAAGGCAUUCACCGUAAAAUGUCAAAGCCUAGAGCGGCACAGCUCUCGGUCCUCAGGAACAUCAUCGGCUGCCAACGACGCUUUCAAGGUUUACCAGAACAGUAGCCCGUGUGACCGUCUAUAUUUAGGGAUUCCGGAAACGGAAGUGAAGUUGUGUUUCCGGGCAAGGGGUGGUGGCCUGUCGGCGUGUCUGGGAGAGAGGCAAGAGAACUUCCAUUUCUUUUCCGCUGUUUGUGCCUGUUCUCUUCCGACUAUGGCGGUACGGGCCAGCUUCGAGAAUAACAACGAAAUCGGGUGCUUCGCCAAGCUCACCAACGCCUACUGCCUGGUGGCCAUCGGGGGCUCUGAGGGCUUCUACAGUGUAUUUGAAGGGGAGCUUUCUGAUACCAUUCCUGUAGUCCAUGCUUCUAUUGCUGGAUGUCGGAUUAUUGGCAGAAUGUGUGUAGGAAACAGGCAUGGAUUGUUAGUCCCAAACAACACGACAGACCAGGAGCUUCAGCAUAUCCGAAACAGUCUUCCAGAUUCAGUGCGGAUACAGCGAGUGGAAGAGCGCCUCUCAGCUCUGGGCAAUGUCACCACAUGCAAUGACUACAUAGCACUUGUUCAUCCAGACAUUGACAGAGAAACAGAGGAGAUUUUAGCAGAUGUACUAAAAGUAGAAGUAUUUAGACAGACUGUAGCAGAUCAAGUGCUGGUGGGAAGUUAUUGUGCAUUCAGUAAUCAAGGAGGAUUGGUGCAUCCAAAGACUUCUAUUGAAGACCAAGAUGAGCUGUCUUCAUUGCUACAAGUCCCACUUGUGGCUGGAACCGUUAACCGUGGCAGUGAGGUGAUUGCUGCUGGAAUGGUGGUGAAUGACUGGUGUGCCUUUUGUGGGCUGGACACAACUAGCACUGAGUUAUCAGUUAUUGAGAGUGUCUUCAAACUCAACGAAGCACAGCCAAGUACUAUUGCCACUAGUAUGAGGGAUUCUUUGGUUGACAGCUUGACAUAAUGUGUUCCCUGACCAUCGUGGAAGCUCUGAAGGAGUGAAAUGCCCGGUUAUGAUCUUGACAGCUCACUAAAUUAUAUACUGCGUUACUCCUGCAGACCUGGAACAGAGAGGCUGAACAACCCUGCUUCAAAAUUGUACAUUCUUUUUAUAAAUUCCCUCUGGCAAACAAUACUGAAUGAGAAAUCUCUUAUACCUCUUUUGCUGCUUUUGUUUCUUUUUUUCUGUAAAUUAUGUUCUGUUGCUUUCAGUUUAUUUGUGAGAUGAUAAAUCUUUACAGCUCUUGAUAGUGUGCUGAAAAGGCAGCUGUCGGUACUGUAAUACAUGUAGUAACAGUAUAAAUAAAAGGACAAUCUAUCUCCUGUA